AGAGAGAAUCAGCAAUGAUCUUCAUAUUUGUGAAGUUUCUGUUCAGCAACCAAAGCAAAGCCGCCGCCUAACAAUGGCCAAGGUCAGCUCACAAGUCAUAACAUGCAAAGCGAUAGUAUGUUGGGGAAAAGGGGAGGCAAUGAAGGUUGAAGAGAUACAAGUAGAACCACCAAAAUCGUCUGAAGUUAGAGUUAAAAUGCUAUGUGCCAGUGUUUGUCACUCUGACAUAUUGUGCACCAACGGAUUCCCAGCUCCGGUUUUCCCUCGACUCAUGGGACACGAAGGUGUCGGAGUGGUAGAGAGCAUUGGUGAGGAAGUCAAUGGGCUAAAACUAGGAGAUACUGUGAUUCCAACUUAUGUUGCGGAGUGUCAAACGUGUGAGAAUUGUACAUCCGGGCAGACUAACUUAUGCUUAAAAUACCCAUUGCUUUUGGACAGCCAACAGUUGGAUGGCACUUCAAGAAUGUCCAUCAAAGGCCAAAGCUUGUACCACGCAUUUGGCUCUCCUACUUGGUCUGAAUAUACUGUUAUAAAUGCCAACUAUGCCGUCAAGGUUAAUCCAUGCAUGCCUCUUUCACAUGCAAGUUUCCUUUCAUGUGGAUACUCAACUGGAUUUGGGGCUGCUUGGAAAGAGGCUAAGGUUAAGGAGCACUCAUCCGUAGCAGUUUUCGGCCUCGGAACUGUCGGACUAGGGGUAGUUGAGGGAGCUAGAAUUCAAGGUGCAAGUAAAAUAAUCGGCAUAGACAAGAACCCAAGGAAAAAAGAAAAGGGACUGGUUUUCGGAAUGACCGAUUUUAUAAACCCUUGUGAUUCCGAUAAGUCCAUCAGCGAAUCAAUUCGAGAACUAACCGAUGGAACGGGUGUGGAUUAUAGCUUCGAAUGCACCGGGGUUGGACCCUUGCUCAAUGAAGCCAUUGAAUCCACAAAACUGGGAAAGGGAACCACCAUAUUGAUGGGGACAGGAGAUGAUUUUAGGCUUCAGAUAAAUUUCUUGCCAAUGAUUUGCGGAAGAACACUAAAGGGAAGUAUUUUUGGAGGAAUAAAAACCACAUCUGACCUUCCAAUCCUAUUUGAAAAAUGCAGAAAUAAGGAAAUCCAUCUUGAUGAACUCUUGACACAUGAAGUUGAGCUAGAAGAUAUAAACAAAGCAUUUGAGCUGUUGAAGGAGCCAGAUUGUGUGAAGGUUCUGGUCAAGAUUUGAUUGAUCUAAGCGACAAGUUUGUCUGAAGUC